AUUAAACCAAAUUUUGAUGAUAUUCAUUAAUUAUUUCUAUUUCAUAUUGUUACGUGUGGCCGUGUUAUGUGACCCUGUGGCUGCCACAAAACGUGCGUAGGAGCUUGCGUAAUUUAUGUAAAGCACAUGGUAGGUCGGCAGCUUGAAAAAACGCCUCUUCUGCUGUCAACGUCAAUAUUUGCUGCUGUCAAUGUCAUUGUCAAGUUAGUGUCAUGAGAGUCUGCUUCUAUUAAUUUACUUUGACGUCGUGUAUAAAUAUUUAUUGUGCACCAUUAAGUAAAAUAAGUCCUUUCCACUAUUUAAUAUGUUUCUAAUUUAUCGGCGAGCUCUUAAAUUAUGACAUAAACAGAACCUGAUUAAGCAAACAUAAACAUAGAACCUGAAAUAUGGGUCUAGUCGAUAUUACACAUGUAGAUAACAUAGCUGAAAACUGUGUGAAACUUUACAAUGAACUUCCAAAGACCGGAAAACCUGUUGAGGCAGAGUGGACUGUACUGUCCUGCAUAAUACAAUACGAUAACAGAACGGAGGAGUUUGAAGUAGUGUCACUAGGUACUGGAUCGAAAUGUAUAGGUGCUUCGAAAAUGUCCUCGACGGGAGAUAUGCUGAAUGAUAGUCACGCUGAGGUCUUUGCUAGAAGAGGAUUUUUGAUAUAUCUCUACGAUAAUAUGGAGCAAGCUUUAGAUAGUAAGCAAUCAAUAUUUAAUUUUGAGAAUGGAUUGUUCAAAGUGAAAGAUAACAUUAACUUUAUAUUUUAUUCGUCUCAGCUACCAUGCGGAGACGCCUCUAUCUUACCCAAAGCUGGAGAAGAGGACCAGUAUGGUGAUGUUCUACAAAGUAUGAAAAAACAAGCUUUGGAAGAUAUUUGUGAUGUAGAACAUAAAAAAUCUAAAACAGAUAUUCAUAGAACUGGAGCUAAGUGUUUACCUGACUCAGAGCAGGAUUCUAAGCAGCCGGGGGCAAGUUAUCACUUACUUGGACAUGUUCGCACUAAACCUGGUCGAGGGGACAGGACUCAAUCAGUGUCUUGUAGUGACAAGAUGGCUCGAUGGACCCAUGUUGGCAUCCAGGGUGGCCUUUUAGACUUAUUAUUAUCCAAGCCUAUUUUUAUCAAUUACUUCAUUUUUGGUAGUGGAGUAACAUAUUCAGAUGAAUCUUUGACAAGAGCUUUGUUGAAACGAAAUGCAGAUGACCUAUCUUUGGUGCAACCUGAUAUAAUACCACAAUUCUACCAAAGCAAGCUGGUGUUCCCUUAUAUUAGAACUGAGCAAAAUGUUAGACCAGCUCCCGGCAGCAUAGUUUGGACGAGAUCUAAGGGAGUGGAGGUAGCAGUGCAGGGACGAAAACUAGGUGUCACAAAGAAAAAAGCCAAAUCAUUGAGCAGUUCUUUGUUUAUCAAUAAAUAUAAUAUCUACAAAAAAUUCCAAAGUGUUCUGAAUAGAAGUGAAAAAGUGAAGAAAUCUAUUGGAUUACAAACAUUAAAAGAUGUCCCAUAUAAUGAAAUGAAGAGGAAGUCAAAGAGGUAUUUAAGCCAAUGGGAGUUAGUAAAGGAUAUAUUUUUUAAAUCAUGGACUAAGAAACCGGAUAUGUGGAAUUUCUGUAUAGAAUAAAUUUAAUUAAAAAAUAUAUUCUAAAUUCCAA